UGUGAUUGGCCCAUGCUUUCCGCGGUUUAGGCUAGUUCAUGUUAGCGCCUUUCUCUUCUCUAAGGUUUAGGGUCGUUCAUUGAAGAAAUGGACUGGGAUAAGUUUGACAUGAACCCUAGAGUGAUUGCAGCUAUUAAAAAAGCAAAUAUAACAUCAAUUAAAGACAUUUUCCAUCUUUCGGGAUCAGAUUUGCAAAGGUUAACAAAGCUAUCCAAGACAGAUGUACAAUAUCUACUAAGAACAAUUUCUAGUACUUUGAGAAAAAACACUGUUUUUACGGCACUCCAACUAUUUCAAAACCAAGCCCCCAGCACUUCCCAAGGCCAGAAGCUGAGUCUGGGCUGCGCAGUUCUAGAUGGCUUACUCCGAGGUGGAAUUCCCAACACAGGAAUUACUGAAAUUGCUGGUGAAAGCUCUGCUGGGAAGACUCAGAUUGCUUUGCAGCUGUGUCUUUCUGUGCAGUAUCCAUACAGAUAUGGUGGACUAGAAUCUGGUGCAGUUUACAUUUGCACAGAAGAUGUUUUUCCUAAUAAACGUCUGCAGCAACUGAUUGAGCAGCUGCCAAAAUUGAGGAGUGAUGUUCCAUCUGAGGUGAUGCAGAAGAUAAAAUUUGGAAACAGAAUAUUUGUUGAACAUGCGGCAGACCUGGACACUUUCCAUGAAUGCAUUACUAAGAGACUUAGCUUGCUACUCUCAAGAGGAAUGGUGCGGCUAAUUAUUAUCGACUCCAUUGCUGCCUUGUUCAGAUGUGAAUUCAGUGCUACAGAUUCUCUCCCAAAAGCUAAAUAUUUACAGAGAUUUGGGGCAAAACUUCACAGAUUAAGCAGCAGGUUCCAGACCCCCAUAAUAUGCAUUAAUCAGGUAACUGAUGCAAUGAAUGAGAGGAAAAAUGCUGUUUGGAAUACUCAAAGCUGCUCAGCCAGGACUGUUGUUCCAGCACUGGGAAUAACUUGGUCUAACCAGCUGUUGAUGAGAUUGAUGGUGUGUCGUACUGUAAACCAAGCACUGACUGGUGGAGAAACACUGUAUAGUAAAAGUGAGCUCCGAAUAUUAAGAAUUAUUUUUGCGCCUCAUUUGCCCCAGCAUUUUUGCUAUUAUACUGUAAAUUUGGAAGGUGUCAAAGGAAUCAGGAAAAUCAGUCAUGAUUAUGAAGAAACGUAAAGCAGUAUUUUUAAUCAUUUUUCAGUAUAAAACGGAGCUAAUAUAUUAAAAAUCCUCAAUCUGUUCCUGUGCUUGUAUCAUCCUAUUUAUUGCAUUAUCCUGUCUGCUCAGCAAAGUGCCUGCUCAGUAGUUCUUGUAUUAUUUGAACUGGACUGUGCUCUCAGAAUGGAGGCAAAUAAUAAUUUGAACUCCAGUUUAAACUACAAAAAUAGAACAACAAAACUUCAGUUCAUAAAAGAAUCCCCUUUAGCAGCAUAAAACAGAUAUAUUACAAACAUCUGAUCAAAUAAUUUUGAACUGAAAAACCUUUGAAAGUUAAACUAUUUCUAUAAAGGAAAUUCUUUGCUGUCAGCAAUUACAUUUACAUGUAUUUAACACAGGAUUAACAU